AUGGUUGACUUUUUUUUCCCCCCGAGUGACUGCUGUUCAUUUUUAUUGAGCCGACUGUCUCGGUUUGUCAUUGUACACUGGAACAGGAGACACAAGAUAGGUGUUUGGUUAGGGCACCUUCUGUGUGAUCUGUUGGCGGUUGGUAACAAGAGAUGUGAUAUCACAGAGUAUCUAAAAUGCCCGUAUCUCCCUCUCUUCUCUCUACUCCCAAGCUUUCCUCCUCUGUCUAUUUAUUACAUUUUAUCUCCCCACCACCCGCUGCGUCAUGAUUCCCUAUCUGUUUCCUCACUUUUUCCCCUUCUCUCUAGUUUUCUUUCUCUACUUCAUUACCGCCCCAGCCCAAUCCGGCUUCCCAUUUUAGUGUCGUUUGAUAGACGAUGGCGCGAGUUGAAUUUCUCUUUUUUUCACCCCUCUCUUUUCACGUUGGAUUUCUUUUCACUCUCUCUUUACAUGUUGGAUUUCUCUUUCCUUCCUUUUUCCAGUUGGAUUUCUCUUUUCUCACUCCCUUUUCUAUUUGACAUUCUUUUACCUUUCUCUAUUUUUCAGUUGAAUUUCUCUUUUCCAGUUGUAUGUCACUUUUAUUCUAUAUUUCUUUCAACCGAAUUCUCUUUAUCCUCUCUCUUUAGGAUUGACUUUCUUUUUCACCUCUCUCUUUUCCUCGCUGUUCCUUCUCCAUUUGAAUUUCUCUUCCCCUCCCCACUCAUUUUUUUUCUAUUUUACUUUUUCUUUUCCUUUCUCUUUUCCCCCAUUUUACUUUCACUUUUCCCCUCUCUCUUUUUCAUUUUACUUUCACUUUUCCUCUCUCUCUUUUCCAUUUCACUUUCACUUUUCCCCUCUCUCUCUUUUCCAUUUUACUUUCACUUUUCCCCUCUCUCUCUUUUCCAUUUUACUUUCUCCCCCCCUUAUCCAUUUUACUUUCUGUUACCGCGCUCUCGUUUUUCCAUUUUACUUUCUCUUUUCCUUCUCUCACUUUUACAUUUUAAAUUCUCUUUUCCCGCUCACUUUUUUCCAUUUUAUUUUCUCUUUUUUUCUUCUCUUUUUUUUAUUUUACUUUCCCUUUUGCUAUUUGUUUCAUUUUUUCCCCUCUCUCUCUCUCCCUUUCUUUAUUUGACUUCCUCUUUUCUCGAUUUUAUCUUUUACUUUCUUCUAUUUCAUCAUUUACUCCGAAAAUAUCACAAGAUUAUUGUAACCAUAAUUAUUUUUUUUGCCUGA